UGGCGCAUGUGGACCUUUGGAAGUUCCAGUAAAGGGUAAACCCCAACGGGACUCCUUCUGCAGACCUCUGUUCACACCCACCUGGCAGCGUCAACUACUACGCAGAUGCCUUUGCAAGCGUGGGUACCUUCGAAAUUCUUGGGACGAAUGCAUUCCACGCAUGAAAUGCUUCCCUUGCAAGUUCCGAUGGCAGAGAGACUAUCACACAUGUAUGCCUGGAUGCCCGAAAACCUGCGACAUGCCUUUCGGCUUGCCAUGUAACAAGCCAUGCACAGCAGGCUGUGAUUGUCCCCCUGGUUAUGUUGUGAGCCCAAAGUUUCCCAGCAUGUGCACACCGAUCAGUAAUUGCCGUCCACAAUGUCCAGCAAACUCAAGUUUCAUGUGGUGCGUGUCAAGUUGUCUUCCUAAAUGCGGCCAAGUCCCUCCCAAAGCAUGUGGCAUUAAAUGCGAUGGUGUGGGAAGCUGCGUAUGUAAUGAAGGAUACGCUGAGCUGGAGCGAAAUGGCAAGAAGACGUGCGUUCUUCCGAAAAUGUGUCCCCUGCUUUCAUUUAAUCAAACUAUAUCUACGAUAGAAGAAAAAAGGCCUACUGAAAUGCCUAACACCUCAGAAAAAGUCUCGAAGCAGUCAUUUGCUGCAUCUUCACCUGUUUUCCAGCAAAACAUAUCGGCAAGUAUAGGAUCGAGUAUUCAGGAUGCACAGCCAAGCGCUACUAGAGGAUCUGGACACCCACCAGUCACUGUAGGUACAGAAGGCGAGCAUUUACCUGCUACCUCAGGAUUGGGUGGUACCCUUGCAUUCUCAGUUACUGAAGCUAGAGGGAGCAAGCUGAUGUCCAUCAAUGCAACAACUACGCGCAGUGGUCCGUCAAGUGGCACUGCUGAUACUCCAAGUGCUGGAGGUUUGACAGUCACCUUACAUACAGGACGUACGCUUCCGCCGACUACUUCAGGUAUGGGAAGCAACAUGGCAUCCCGAGUUGAGGAAGCUGGGGGUAGCAAACUGAUGUCCAUCAGUGCUACAGGUACUCUCAGUGGACCGUCAACUGGCGUUGCUGGUACUCCGGAAGUUGGAGGGUUAGCAGGCAAUGUAGGUACAGAAAGUACGCUUCAACCUGGCAUCUUACAAACGGAAGGUAGCCUGACACCCCCCACUAGUGAAGCUGGAGGAAGCAAACUGAUGUCCGUCAAUGCAACAAGUACAUACAGCGGACCGUCGAGUGGCACUUUUGGUACUCUAGGAGCUAGAGGGUUAACAAUUACAGCAGGUAAAAGACCCGUACCUGGCAUUUCAGGAACGUACGGCAAACUGACAUCUUCAGUUAUCAAAACUGGCAGAAGCGUUCUGGUGUCAAUGAAUAGAACAAGUGCGCUCAACAGACCAUCGAGUGCUUAUGCUGUGGUACCUGAAGACAUGCUAAGUGCCACGUCAACAGCUGCACUAGCCACAGCUUCACCCACACCUGUACGGUAUGCUCCACGUUCUGGCUUACAUUUCUUCAGACAUACAGAUCUGGGUGUGGCCACAAUCACUGCACAUGCUUCGCAGUCAUAUUCUUUGACUCCUUUUUACGCUCACUUAUUGAGAACGGCACCACGUAGUUCGAGUAAUUUUCUUUAUUACUCAAGUAUGCCGCCAUUUUAUGGUUGUGAAAAUGAUGGACUCGCCGGCUUUUGUAUUAAUCCCUGGGCUGCGCCUUCGCCUCUCGCAGCGCGGCGUUACGUGACAGGCCCCAGGCUCUAUCCUUGGCGCACCAAUCUACCAGGUGGCCUUAGUUACGGUUGGCGGUUCUUAGGAAGCUAUUCAUGGAUUUCAUCCCUAAGCCACCAUUGGGCACUUUAGUGCGAAUAAAUGAUUUGAUAACAGUGGCCCGUUCUUCCACAGCUCGCCAGGACACGGGUAGCCUGUUUUCUAGUUUCAACCAAGUGAUAUAAUUUCACCAUUCACUUCAGCUCUUUCAAUGCGAGGAUAGGAACACAGCCAGGCGAUUGCUGUAAUGACAUCUGCUUACUAGUGUCUGCUAUUUUGCAUCGCAUUAAGUUCUUUUGAUUUAUGUAGCUAUUUCGACAGCUUAUCUAACAUUACGCCUGGAACGUCUCUCUGCUUUUCAUACCCCCCCCCCCCUGCCCCAACCAUUCGCCGAGGACGGCUUACUUCAGCAUGUAGCGAUAUGGUACACGGGGAGAGCGUUCGCCUCCGUACCGCUUAGUCACGUGACAUGACGUCGCAGCGGCGAGGGUGAUGGUAGUCUUCAAGAUAACACCGCGAGAAGCCCUGACCAGUGGCCACUGUACAAAAAGAUGGAGAUAACUGGCAAAGAAAGCGCAGCACAUUCACGGCGCACGUUCUAAGCAUUGUGUUAUCGCAUAAUUUGUUGGCAGCAUGUAGCCAUAGUGCUUUCAUUGUGCAAAAUAAUAUGUGUAUUUUGUUCAUUGGCGAAAAACUAUGACCCACAGAAACUAUGAGCAGGCCUAGGCGCACAUUUGUGUGACAUUUGGUAAAUGAACUUUGAAG